CCAUAUGGGGUGUGCGCCGGUGGAUUUUGCCCGGCUGAUCGUGAACCACCCGCAGUUCAAGGCCAAGUUUACCUGAUUCGCCGGUGGCGAUGGCUGAUCUGACCAACGACACGCUAUCGCUGGCAAAUCGGCGGCUACGUACGGUUAUCGACUGGAUUAUUCCGUUCAUUGGAUCCCUGGACAUGCCCAGCGACCACCAGGCAGUAGAGGUUCUGCUGAGGGCGCUGUUUAUGGAGCUGCCUGCGCUGCACGGCGUGCCAUUAGCGUACCGGGCAGUCGCAGUACACACAACGGUUGCCAUUGUGAAGCAUAGCUUUGAGUGGCCCGAUGAGCGACGGUUCUUGGAGAGUGGUCAGUCGAUAGUGGCGGAUUUCGUGAGGGAUGCAGCUCCAACACUGCUAGACAUCAUACAGGGGCGGCAUGAGCUGGCGAGCAGCGAGCUACUAGUAACAAGCGCGGAUUCGUUUGUUGACAUGAUUCUCCGCGACGACAUGCUACAUACAUUCCGGGCAGUCUCAAAGCACAGCGAAGUGGCCGGCGAGAUCAUAGUGUCUGGCGAAAGCUCUGGCGGGAUGGAGGCGCCAGCUGUGUUACUUCAUUACCCGGCUCUGUGGGAUGGCGUGCUACGUGAGUUCCACAACACGGAUAUUGUGAAGAAGGCGAUUUUCUCGACAUCCUAUAUCAUGCUGUUUGACCCGUUGCCAUCACAUUUGGUGCGGGAUGCUGCCUGGACCCUGGCGCACUACGUAUAGGCGAUUUGAGCACGAGCGGCAGGAGCUGUCGACGAUGCUGACCCAGCUGCUUCGGAUGCUAGUGCGACUCGUUGCCGCACAUCCGGUCCGAAGAGUGGGGGGAGUGGAAACAUACCCUGCUGCCGUCACUUCUGAGGCACUUGAUAUCGCCGAAUGAGCAGGUGCGUGUGCUGGCGAUGCGGAUUCUGCGCUGGUCGCCGACAGACGUGGUUGACGUUGAUGAUAUG